UCUUAUCCCAUAAUAAAACCGCGUUCCCCUCACGCCUUAAGCGCUGCUUUUGCUUUUGCUUCCUCCAACUUGAACCCUCUCUCCUCUCCUCAUACCCAUUUCUUCAUUCUCUGGCACCCUAUUUUUGGCCUUGUUCCGCAUCUCCUACCCCUCUCCUCUGCUGCAUGCAACCAUGAAGAUUUUCAACCCCUCCAAAUGCUUUCUCCAGAACGUGGUGUGUCCUUUCGACACCCUCUUCAUCAUUAAAAGGUUUAAGCCCUUCGAUCUGGGUCUCUCCCACCUCCACCAAUUCCAAUUCCUAUCCUACUAUUGAAACCAAAUCCCUCGUUCAUCUCACCCACAUCGCUAUCUUCAUUCACCACACCCCAGCCUCCAAAUGGACCGGCGAUCCCAUCCCACGGGCACCGUCAGCACCCGGAACAUCCUCUUCAACAAGUACGAGAUUGGAAAAUUGCUGGGACAGGGCAACUUCGCCAAGGUGUACCACGGCAGAAACCUCAGCACAAACGAGAGCGUGGCCAUCAAAGUCAUAAAAAAGGAAAGGCUCCAGAAAGAGAGGCUCGUGAAGCAGAUCAAACGCGAGGUCUCCGUCAUGCGCCUGGUGCGUCACCCCCACAUCGUCGAAUUAAAAGAGGUCAUGGCCAACAAAGCCAAAAUCUUCAUGGUUGUCGAAUACGUCAAGGGAGGGGAACUCUUCGCCAAGGUAGCAAAAGGGAAGAUGAAGGAAGAUGUCGCCAGAAAGUACUUUCAGCAACUCAUCAGCGCCGUCGAUUUCUGCCACAGCCGCGGCGUCACCCACCGCGAUCUCAAGCCGGAGAAUCUGCUCCUCGACGAGAACGAAGACCUUAAAGUCUCCGACUUUGGCCUGUCGGCGCUACCGGACCAGCGCAGAUCCGACGGGAUGCUCCUCACGCCGUGCGGCACGCCGGCCUACGUGGCGCCGGAGGUUCUCAAGAAGAAGGGCUACGAUGGGUCGAAGGCUGAUAUAUGGUCCUGCGGGGUCAUCCUCUUUGCUCUUCUUUCUGGCUAUUUGCCCUUUCAAGGUGAAAAUGUGAUGAGAAUUUACAGCAAGUCUUUCAAAGCCGAUUAUGCAUUCCCCGAAUGGAUUUCCCCUGCGGCCAAAAACUUGAUCUCCAAUUUACUCGUUGUGGACCCGCAAAAGAGGUAUUCCAUUCCAGACAUCAUGAAGGACCCUUGGUUUCAAAUUGGUUUCUUGAGGCCCAUUGCGUUUUCCAUGAAGGAGUCUGCGCUUGAAGAUAACAUUGAUUUCAGCGGGGAUGAUGUUCCUAGUCCUGGUAGUGAUGAUGGUAAUAGCAGCAGCAACAACGAGGAUGGGGAGUUGACGGGGGCUAAGCCUGCUCGUCCGUCUUACAACGCUUUUGAGAUAAUCUCGUCCUUGUCGCAUGGGUUCGAUCUGAGGAAUUUGUUUGAGACGAGGAAGCGGUCGCCGUCAAUGUUCAUUUCCAAGUUUUCGGCUUCGGCGGUGAUGGCGAAGCUGGAGGGGGUGGCCAAGAAGCUGAACUUUAGGGUGACGGGGAAGAAGGAGUUCAUGGUGAGGAUGCAGGGGGCGACGGAAGGGAGGAAGGGGAAGCUGGCCAUGACGGUGGAGGUAUUCGAGGUGGCGCCGGAGGUCGCGGUGGUCGAGUUCUCCAAGUCCGCCGGAGACACGCUUGAAUACCUUAAUUUCUGUGAGGACCAAGUCAGACCUUCGCUCAGGGAUAUUGUGUGGAGUUGGCAAGGGGACGCUAAUUGCCACCAGUAACUAUUCAAUUCAAUUUAGAUUAUUGCAGCAUGUAAUAAAUAUCUGGAGUUUGGGAUGUUGAUUGAACAUAAUAAGAAUUAAGAAUCAUCUUGAUUGACCCUUCUUAGUUCUUAUUAUUUCCUCCUCUUAAGCUUAUGACUUUCUGUUGUAUUUCUUUUUAAGAUUAAGAGUUAAGACAGAGGACAUCCCGUUAAUCUGUAUGAUGUCAGAAUUUGUUCUAUGCUAGACUACUCGAUCUGGUAUUUCAGAUUGUUCCUGCAAAACGGCAAAAGAGAUUGCUAAAUUGGUAUUACAAGUCCAGGCCAAUUACUAUUCAAAAGAGAUUGGUAAUUUGGUGGGAUUAUAAGUCCAAGCCUCUCUGGUUAUUCAAAAAUAUUUAUCUGUACAGCAAUAUAUUGAUUGCCUUAGGUUUCUAGUAUAAAAUAGCUCUCUAGGUAUUCAAAAACAUUUAUGUUGCUAUAUUU